GUGCUUCUGCUCCAGCAGCACAAGAGCAGAUUGCAAGCACAUUGCCGAGUGGAAGCUAGUGCAACGCGGUUUACUGCUGUUGGACUGAUCCGAGUUGUCCUUCCAACUUCUAUGGAUACUUCAAAGUAGCUACGAGUUUCGCAAAAACGGAUUUACCACAGAAUGAAAGGGUCAGAUAUGUGACAGAUCUCUGACUCCCCUCACAGCAAUCUCUGCUCCUCUGUCCAGCUGUAACAUCCGAUGGAAGAAUGAUGAUGGGAUGGAUGUGAAUAUGGGCCAGUGGGGCUACACAGGCAUGCAUGGCCAAUCCGUCUGCCUGGCCCUGCUGCUGCUACUGCUCUCCCAGCUGCCCCCCUGCUGCUGCCAGGACUCCCAUGGGCCUCCCCAGGGCCCUGUCGACACCCUCCCUCGCUUUCACUUCACGCAACCCCGCUACCACGCCACCGUCUACGAAAACUCGGCGGCUCGCACCUACGCCAACAGUAAAGUUAAAAUGGGCGUCCACUUGGCCCAGCGCUCCUGGGAGAUCCGAUACAGGAUCACCUCCGGGGACGACGAGGGCUUCUUCAAAGCGGAGGAAUACGUGCUGGGGGACUUCUGCUUUCUGCGUGUACGGACUAAAGGUGGUAAUGCAGCCAUCUUGAAUCGCGAAAUCCAGGAUAGCUACCUACUGACUGUUAAAGCCUCAGUCAAAGGGGAGGUUCUGGAGACCUGGACCAAAGUGACUGUCCAGGUUCUUGAUAUGAAUGACCUACGACCUUUAUUCUCACCCACUACAUACUCAGUCACCAUAGCAGAAAGCACUCCCCUCAGGACUAGCAUAGCCCAAGUUACAGCCACCGAUGCAGACGUCGGCUCCAAUGGGGAAUUUUACUACUUCUUUAAGGAGAAAAUGGAGCUGUUCGCCGUGCACCCGACCAGCGGUGUGGUCUCCCUGAGUGGGAAACUAAACACUGAGGAGCAGAACAGGUACGACCUAGAAAUCCAGGCAGUGGAUCGUGGAAUGAAGCUAUAUGGCAACAAUGGUGUGAGCAGCACAGCCAAGCUGUUUGUGCACGUGGAGCGUGUCAACGAGCAUGUGCCGGUCAUUAAAGUUGCCACCCACAUCACCUCAUGGUUGGACAAGGACCCUGUGUACGCAGUAGUCACUGUGGAAGAUCUAGACGAGGGGUUAAACGGAGAGAUUGAGGAUUUGUCUAUAGUGGCUGGAGACCCACUGGAACAGUUCUUCCUGGAGAGGUCAGAGGGCAGUGAGUUUGCCAUCAAGGCGUCUGACCAGGUGGACUGGGAGAACUUCCCUUAUGGAUAUAACCUCACGCUUCAGGCUAAGGACAAGGGGACCCCGCAAAAGUUUUCUGCGGUCAGUGUUGUUCACUUAAUGGUGAAGAAACCCCAAGCUGUGGAAGUAAAAUUUGAACAGGAGUUAUACAAAAUGAGUCUAAAUGAGAUCUCCCCACCAGGUACCAUCAUAGCAGCCUUGAAAAUCACUCCUGAGCCAGACGAUGCAGAGUAUAUCCUUACUCCCUCGGCAGACUCCUCCUACUUCCGAAUGAACACUCUAACUGGAGUGAUCUCAACUGCCCGCUGGUUCAAAGCAGUCACCCAUAAUGUAUUUGACCUUGAGGUGGUGGAGGUGGACAGUGAACUAAGGGUCAAAGUUCUGGUCUCCAUCGAGGACGCCAAUGACAACACCCCAACGUUUUCUCAGCCUUCGUACGAGGUCUUUGUCAAUGAGAGCGUUCCCGUGGGAUCAAACAUACUGACUUUGUCUGCAUUGGAUGUGGAUAGCGGGGAAAAUGGAUAUAUAACAUACAGCAUAGCCAGCCUCCAGCCUCUACCCUUCAAGAUCAACCAGUUUUCAGGUAUCCUUACCACUACACAGGAGCUGGACUUUGAAUCCUCAUCUGAGAGCUACGUGUUUGUGGUCAGGGCCUCUGACUGGGGCUCCCCUUACAGACGAGAGAGUGAAGUCAACGUAACUGUCCAUCUGGAGAAUGUAAACGAUAACCAGCCCUUAUUUGAGAAAGUAGCGUGCCAAGGAGUGGUCUCUCGGGACUUUGGCAUUGAUGAGGUAAUCACCACCAUGUCUGCUAUCGACAUAGAUGAGCUGGAGCUGGUGAAGUACAAGAUCCUAGAAGGAAACGAGAAAGGCUUCUUUGACUUGAACCCUGACUCAGGGGUCCUGAGCCUUCGUAGGUCCCUUUCCUCUGCCAGUCCAAAAAAUGGAAUGUUUAGUUUGAAAAUAACUGCCACAGAUGGGGAGAAGUUCUCCGACCCAAUGUUUGUUAACAUUUCAGUAGUUCAUGGGAAAUCUCCCCCCAAGAGCUUCAACUGUAGAGAGACCAGAGUUGCCCAAAUGCUGGCUGAAAAGUUACUCAAAAAGUCCAGAGCUAGCACCAAGCCCAAAAUAGAGGAAGGAUUCAUUGACCUUUUCUCUGUAAACAGACAGACCCCUCAGUUUGACAAAACCUUUCCCACUGACAUAUCAGUGCGGGAGGACCUAAGGAUCGGUUCCAGCGUGUUCAAGGUCAAGGCCUAUGAUGGUGACACAGGUUUCAACGGUCAGAUUUUGUAUGCCAUCUCUGAUGGAAACACAGACAGCUGCUUCACCAUCGACAUGGAGAGUGGCCUAAUCACAACAUUCCUUCCUAUGGACAGAGAGAAAAGAGACCGAUACCUCCUUAACAUCACUAUCUACGACAUGGGCCUGCCCCAGAAAACCACCUGGCGUCUACUCACUGUCUAUGUAGAAGACGUCAAUGAUAAUGCACCCCAGUUCAUACAGGAGGGAGGCUAUAGAACGGUAAUUCCUGAGAACACAGCCAUCGGCACGGAUGUCAUUCAGGUGGAGGCCACAGACAAAGACAUGGGCCCUAAUGGAGAGAUUGUCUACUCUCUGCUGACUAGCACCACCCAGUUUGGCAUUAACAGCUCCAACGGGAUUGUGUAUGUUGCCGGCCAGCUGGACAGGGAAUUUGUUGCCAACUUCAACCUGAAGAUUGAGGCUCGUGACCAGGCGGAGAAAGGGAACCAGAGGUUCUCAGUCACCACUCUGAAGAUAUCUUUGGAAGACGUCAAUGACUGCCCGCCCGCGUUCAUCCCCAGCGUCUACAACACCCGGGCAUUGGAGGACCUGCCAGCGGGUACCGUGGUGGCCUGGCUGGAGACCCAAGACCCGGACCUCGGCCCGGGUGGACAGGUUCGAUACUCCCUGGCCAAUGACUACAAUGGGAAGUUUGAGGUGGACAAGGCUAGCGGAGCAAUCCGACUGACCAAGGAACUGGACUAUGAAACGCAACAGUUCUACAACCUCACCGUGAGAGCCAAGGACAAGGGGAGGCCUGUCUCUCUGCUCUCGGUCACCUUCGUGGAACUGGAGGUGGUGGAUGUAAAUGAGAACCUAUACGCUCCCUAUUUCUCCCACUUCGCCCUGACUGGGUCGGUAAAGGAGAACGCCCGCAUCGGCACCACUGUCCUCCAGGUCACGGCCAGAGAUGAUGACGAUGGUCGAGAUGGAGAAAUCCAGUACUCGAUUCGAGACGGGAGUGGACUGGGGCGCUUUGCUAUUGAUGAAGUGACGGGUGUUAUUUACACCACAGACACACUGGACCGUGAGACCAAGGACUCCUAUUGGCUGACGGUGUACGCUACAGACCACGGGGUGGUGCCCCAGUUCGCCGCAAUAGAGGUGUACAUCCAAGUCGAGGACGUCAACGACAACGCCCCCUUGACCUCUGACCCCGUCUACCACCCUGUCGUCAUGGAGAACUCUCCCAAGGAUGUGUCAGUCAUCCAGAUCCAAGCGCAGGACCCAGAUGCCACGGGCGGAACCGAGAGACUGAGCUACAGGAUAGCUAGUGGGAAUCCGCAGAACUUCUUUACCAUCAAUACCAAGACCGGUGUCAUCACAACUACAGCCAGGAAACUGGACCGGGAGCAGCAGUCUGAGCAUGUUUUAGAGGUCACUGUGUCGGACGGCGGUCCCAGCCCCAAGCACUCCACAGUGUGGGUGAUUGUCCACGUGCUGGAUGAGAACGACAACAAGCCGACCUUCCCGGAGAAGGUGUACCAGAUCAAGCUGCCUGAGAGGGACAGACGGAAGAAAGGGGAGCCUAUCUACAGGGCCUUUGCUUACGACCGGGAUGAAGGCGCUAACGCCGACCUCUCCUACAGCAUCAUCGAUGGCAAUGAGGAUGGCAAGUUCUUCGUCGACCCCAAGACUGCGGUGGUGUCGUCACGGAAGCAGUUCACAGCCGGGAACUAUGACAUCCUUACUAUUAAAGCUACAGAUAAUGGUCGCCCCCAGAAGUCAGCGACUGCCCGUCUGCACAUCGAGUGGAUCCGUAAGCCCCUGCCCUCAGCCCUGCCCCUUUUGUUUGACGAGCAGUACUACAACUUCACCGUCAUGGAGAGUGACAAGGUGGCCGAGAUAGUGGGAGUGGUCUCUAUGCAACAGAGCUCCAGCCCCCUCUGGUUCGACAUCACAGGUCCAAGGCCUUUCCGUGAGGUGUUCUAUAUACUGCAGACCGCUUGUGGCAAGAACUGUUCCACAGAAGGCGGCAACACGGAGAGCCUGUUUGACAUUGAGAAGAGUGUGGGCACCAUCAUCAUCGCCAAGCCUCUGGACGCCGAGCAGCGCUCCUUCUACAACAUGACCGUGGAGGUGACGGAUGGGACAAACUCCGCCGUCACACAGGUCUACAUCACGGUGUUGGACAACAACGACAAUCCGCCUGUAUUCUCCCAGCCCACCUAUGACAUCACUAUAUCGGAGGACACACCCCCGGAGACGGAGGUGGUCCAAGUGUUGGCGUCGGACCGCGACGAGCACCACAGCCUCACCUACAUCCUCCACAGUGCCAUCGACCCAAGUAGCCUGCGCCUCUUCCGUAUUGACCCCAACACAGGCGCCGUGUACACGGCAGAGAGACUGGACCACGAGGCCCGGGCCCAGCACAUCCUGACCGUCAUGGUGAAGGACCAGGAGUUUCCCUACAGGAGGAACCUGGCCCGUGUGUUGGUAGACGUGGAGGAUGUUAAUGACCACGUUCCGGUGUUCACCAGUGCCCUGUAUGAGGGGUUCGUCUACGAAUCUGCUGCAGUUGGCUCUGCUGUGCUCCAGGUGACAGCCCUGGACAAAGACAAGGGGGAGAAUGCAGAGCUCCUCUACAGCAUUGAAUCAGGUAACACAGGGAACACGUUCCGUAUUGAGCCGAUUCUGGGAAUCAUCUCCGUUGCCCGUGAGCUGGACCUCACCACAAUUGGCCAUUACGUCAUCACCGUCAGAGUCACUGACAGCGGCUCCCCUCCGCUUUCCGCCACUUCUGUGGUGCGCAUCGCUGUCACACUGUCAGACAACGCCAACCCCAAGUUCCUCCAGUCCGAGUACCAGGCUGAGGUCACGGAGAAUGUUGCCAUGGGAACAUCUGUGACUACAGUGAGUGCUGUGAGCCAGUCCACUCUGACCUAUGACAUUAGGCAUGGAAACAGUGAACGCACAUUCAGGAUCAACCAGUACAGUGGGGUGAUCACCACUCAGAAAUCCCUGGACUUUGAGAUCACAGUUUCUUAUACCCUCAUCGUUCAGGCCACCAACAUGGCUGGCAUGGCUUCCAACGCCACCCUGCUUAUACAGGUGGUAGAUGAAAACGACAACCCGCCAGUGUUCCAGUUUCUUCGCUACCAGGGUAGCAUCAGUGAGGCAGCGCCCAUCAAUAGCGUAGUCCUGAACCCAGACAACAGCCCUCUGGUCAUCAAAGCCACUGAUGCUGACCGCAACCAAAAUGCUCUAUUAGUCUACCAGAUUGUUGAGGACACAGCCAAAAUGUUCUUUACGGUGGAUUCUGGCACUGGCUCCAUCAGGACCAUUGCCAAUCUGGACCAUGAGACAUUUGCUGUUUUUAACUUCCAUGUCCAUGUUAGGGACAGUGGGAGACCUCAGCUUACGGCGGAUAGCCCCACAGAGGUUACUAUACAAGUGAUUGACACCAAUGACUCUCCACCUUGCUUCACUCAAGAUGCAUAUGAAACUGUCCUGCUGCUGCCCACUUACACGGGUGUGGAAGCGCUACAGGUCUCUGCCACGGACCCAGACCAAAACGUUCCCACAGAACUUAGCUACACACUGACAGACAGCAGCCUGGAGCACUUCACCAUCGAUCACUCCAGUGGUAUCAUCACAGUCAAGAACAAUAACUUCUCCAAGGAGAGAUUCCGCUUCAACGUCAAAGUGUCCGAUGGGAAGUUCUCCAGCACGGCCCUGGUUACCGUCAUUGUGCGAGAGGCACUGGAUUCUGGCCUGUUAUUUGCCCACAGCCUCUACUCCUCAUCUAUUCAGGAGAACAUCACCAACAUCACCAAGGUGGCUGUGGUCAACGCAGUUGGGAAUCGCCUUAACGAGCCACUGAAAUACACCUUGCUAAAUGCUGGGACACGCUUCCAGAUCAGGCCUACCUCUGGCGUAAUCCAGACAACUGGCAUUCCCUUUGACCGUGAGGAGCAGGAGUUCUACGAGCUGGUGGUUGAGGCUGGGAGGGAGCAUGACCGCCUGCGUGUUGCCAGGGUGAUGGUCAGGGUCCAGAUAGAGGAUAUCAACGACAACGCUCCGGUGUUCGUAGGACUUCCAUAUUAUGCUGCGGUCCAGGUGGAGGCUGAACCGGGUUCGCACAUAUUCAGAGUCACCGCUGUGGACCGUGACAAAGGCAUCAAUGGGGAGGUAUCCUAUUACCUUAAAGACGACCAUGGGCACUUUGAGAUUGACAGGUUGACUGGUAGCCUUGGUUUGAAAAAGGCAUUUGAGUCAGACUUGUCCAACCAGGAGUACCAGAUGGUGGUUUUGGCCAAGGAUGGCGGUUACCCUCCCCUGUCCUCCGCUGUUGAGUUCACCAUCACAGUGGUGAACAAGGCCAUGCCCGUCUUUGACAAGUCAUUCUAUGCCGUGUCAGUGAACGAAGACGUUGCUGUCCACACUCCUAUCCUUGGAAUCAACGCUACCAGCCCAGAGGGUCAGAGCAUCAUCUACACCAUUGUGGAGGGAGACCCGUCGCUGCAGUUUGACAUUGGCUUUGACACUGGAGUCAUCAGGGUCAUCAACUCCUUGGACUAUGAGAUCGCCCAAUCCUUUCGUUUGACCGUCAGAGCCACCGACUAUCUAACUGGUGCCCGGGCUGAGGUGGAUGUAGAUGUCACAGUUAAUGAUGUUAAUGAUAACCCUCCGGUGUUUGAGAAAACCUCCUAUAAAGCGGUCCUGUCUGAGACUGCCAUGAUCGGCACACCAGCACUUCAAGUGGUGGCAACCGAUAGAGAUUCGGAGAAAAACAACAUUGUACGCUACCAGGUCUUCUACCCCACAGAUGCCUAUAACAGUUCAGACUAUUUCCACAUUGACAGCAGCAGCGGCCUCAUCCUCACCGCCCGAAUGCUCGACCAUGAGCUGGUCCAACGAUACGACUUCAUCGUCAGGGCAACCGAUAACGGCUUCCCACCGUUGAGCAGUGAAGUUUCAGUCACCUUGGUGGUUAAUGACAUGAAUGACAACCCUCCUGUGUUCAACCAGCUUCUCUAUGAGGCCUACGUCAGUGAAUUAGCCCCUAGAGGCCAUUUUGUAACCUGUGUUCAGGCUUUGGAUGCUGACAGCUCUGAUUAUGAUAAGCUGGAGUACAGUAUGCUGUCAGGUAAUGAGAGGAUGAACUUCAUGAUGGAUGGUAAGACUGGAAUCAUCACACUGUCUGGUCACAGGAAACAGAGAAUGGAGCCAGCCUAUAGUUUGAAUGUAUCUGUGUCAGAUGGGGUAUUCACAAGCACAGCCCAGGUGCAUGUCAGGAUCCUUGGAGCCAACCUUUACAGCCCGGUAUUUGGACUAAAUGUAUAUGAAGCAGACGUUCGGGAGAAUGCUGCAGUAGGUACCAAGGUGAUCCAGGUGAGGGCAACUGAUUCUGACCCAGAAAUGUUUGGCCAGAUCACCUACUUGUUUGUCAAUGAUGUGGGCAAGGACCAGUUCAGUGUGGAUGCCAAUGGUCAGAUCACCACUUUGGAGAAGUUGGACAGAGAGGACCCAGCCAACAAGGACAUUGUCCUAGUGGUGGCAGCCCAGGACGGUGGUGGAAGGGCCUCUUACUGCACCGUGCGGGUCUCCCUGGUAGAUGAAAAUGACAAUGUUCCAUCCUUCAGAGCGACAGAAUACCGUGCUUCUGUCAAAUCGGACGUCGGCAAAGGUUUCCUGGUGACACAGAUCCAGGCUUAUGAUCCUGACGACGGUGCCAACUCCAAGGUGACAUACUCCCUCUAUAGUGAGGCGCAUGUCCCCGUGGUGGAUAUCUUAGAGAUAGACCCUGACAAUGGAUGGAUGGUCACCAAGGGCAGCUUCAGCCACUUGCGCAACUCAGUUUUGUCUUUCUUUGUCAAAGCAGUGGAUGGGGGCAUUCCAGUCAGGCACUCUCUGGUAUCUGUAUAUAUCCAUGUCUUGGCCCCUGAUGCCCUCAUUCCCUCCUUCACCCAGCCCCAGUACUCAUUCACUGUCCCUGAAGACACUCCCAUUGGAGCCGCCUUGGGGCCUGUCCGCCUCAUAACCCCUCCGGGCUACGCGUCGUCUCCAGUCACCUUUGCUCUGGUCAGUGGAGAGACCGGGGAGAACAACCAGGAUGGCGUUCUGGUGGUGGACAGGGACACAGGGGUCAUCAAGUUGGACAAACCCCUUGAUCAUGAGGUCAUCACCUCCUUCCACUUCAAGGUGACGGCCACUAUGCCACAGGCCAAGCUGGACUCUGUGACCAGCGUUGACGUUGAAGUCAAAGUACUGGACCUCAAUGACAACAAGCCAGCAUUUGAAUCCAACUCCUACGAGGCGACAGUGAUGGAGGGUAUGCCGGUUGGCACCAGGAUUAUCCAGGUUCAAGCCCUGGAUCCGGACUCUGGAUCUAACGGACAGGUUACAUACAGCCUAGGAGCCUUGGCUCAUUCCGAAGGGCAGCCAGACCAGUCCACAGAGACCUUCACCAUAGACAGCAACACAGGCUGGAUAUCCACUCUCAAAGAGUUGGACCACGAGACGUACCCAUCCUAUACGUUUUUGGCUGUGGCCUCAGACCUCGGGGAGACCCUGGCCUUAACCUCUACCUCCACAGUGACCAUGGCUGUGUCUGACAUCAACGACAAUCCGCCCAGCUUCGUAGAGGAGAGUUACUGGGGUUCAGUGCGUGAGAGCGACCCCCCUGGCGAGGUGGUGGCAGUGCUCAACACUAGAGAUGACGACAGCUCUGCGGUAAACCGGCAAGUCAGCUACCACAUUACAGGCGGGAAUCCUCGGGGUGUGUUCGCCCUGGGACAGGUGCAGGGGGAGUGGAAGAUGUACGCGAAGCGCCCGCUGGACCGCGAGGAACAGGAACUAUACCUCCUCAACGUCACCGCUACCGACGGCCUUUUUGUCACCAGGGCAACGGUGGAGGUGUCCGUGACCGACACCAAUGACAACAGUCCUGUCUGUGACCAGGCUUUGUACACGGCGUCUGUACCCGAGGACAUCCCAGUAAACAGGGUGCUAAUGAGGGUGGGGGCCAGCGAUGUUGACGUCGGGGUCAGCGCCUGGGUCCAGUACUCUCUACAGGGACCCGGCUCCGAAGACUUCCGCAUCGACCCUGACACCGGUGAACUGAAGACAGCCCAGCCUCUGGACCGGGAGAAGACCCCUGUGUACCGACUGGUUGCCCAGGCGACUGACGGAGGAGGUCUGUUCUGUCGCGCCGAGGUCCACCUGACCCUGUUGGACGUGAACGACAACCCCCCCGCGUUCCCGGUCCCGCACUACGCCGCCAGUGUGUAUGAGGACACAGCCACCAAAGCCCUGCUCACGCGCAUACAGGCCAUCGACCCUGACGAAGGGAUCAGUCGUAAGGUAGUCUACUCCCUGGCUGACUCUGCUGGCGGCUUCUUCUCGAUCGACAAGUCCUCCGGCAUCGUGGUCCUGGAACGGGUCCUGGACCGCGAGCAGCAGCCGUCCUACAUGAUCAUAGUCCGAGCGUCCGACCAGGGCUCACCAGUCCGCCUGUCCUCCCUGGUCAACGUGACCAUCACGGUCCUGGACAUCAACGACAACCCGCCGGUGUUUGAGCGCCGCGACCACCUGGCGACGGUGCCGGAGGACGUGGGACUGGGGACCGAGGUCCUGCGGGUGUACGCAGCCAGUAAGGACAUCGGAACCAACGCCGAGAUCACCUACAGCAUCCGCUCAGGCAACGAGCACGGAAAGUUCCACAUACACCCCCUCUCUGGUGCCAUCACUGUAUCCAAGCCCCUGGACUUUGAGACGUGCAAGGACUACUUCCUGACCGUGGAGGCAAGAGACGGCGGAACCCCGCCCCUCAGUGCCGUCACCACGGUGAACAUCAACCUGACGGACGUCAACGACAACGCUCCAGUGUUCAGCCGGGACAUCUAUACCGCCGUCAUAUCCGAGGACGCCACCAUCGGGGAGUCCAUUGUAAAGUUGACAGCUGAAGACGUAGACAGCCAGAUGAACAGUGAAAUCCUGUACUCCAUCGUUAGUGGCGACAGAGAGAACCAGUUCUUCAUAGACCCGCUCUCCGGCAUGAUGAAGGUCAACAAGCAGCUGGACAGAGAGAUGGUGUCGGGGUACUCCCUGGUGGUGAGGGCUCUGGACAGCGGCGCUCCACCCAUGUCGUCCACGGUGACGGUCAACAUUGACAUCUCGGACAUCAACGACAACCCGCCCACGUUCUCCCCGGCCAAUCUCACCACUGUCAUUCAGGAGAACAAGCCCAUCGGCACCAGCAUUCUGCAACUGUCCGUCAUAGACUUGGACUCCUCCCACAACGGCCCGCCUUUUGAGUUCCGCAUCCUCUCGGGGAAUGAGGGUGGCGAGUUCACGCUGGAGCGAGAUGGAACUCUGCUAGCAAAUCAGGUGUUUAGGCGGGACUUGGCCACAGAGUAUGUCAUUCAGGUCCAGGUGAGGGACUCCGGGAAGCCGCGCCUGUCCUCCUCUUCCACCCUGACAGUGCGUGUGAUCGAGGAGAGCCUCCACCGGCCCGUAGCUCUGCCCCUGGAGGUGCACAUAGUCACCAUGGAGGACGAGUUCCCCGGGGGAGUCAUCGGCCAGCUGCACGCCACCGACGCCGACCCCUAUGACAUCCUGACCUUCGGCCACGCCCCGCCGUCUCAGCGCUCCCUCUUCAAGAUCAGCCCGAGAGAUGGCAAGAUCAUCGCCCUGGGUGGCCUGGACGCCGGCCGCUACUCGCUCAACGCCAGCGUGAGCGACGGGCGCUUCGCCGUGCCCGUGGCCGUGAGCGUUUACGUGGAGCAGGCGUCGCCGGAGAUGCUCCGUGAGGCGGUGACCGUGCGCUUCGAGAGUGUGGCGCCCCACGACUUUGUGGCCACCCACCUAAAGAACAUUCUGAAAGUCCUGAAGGUCGCGGCGGCGACCCAGAAGCAGGACGUGUUGCACAUGCUCAGUCUGCAGCCGGUCGGCGGGACAAGCCAGCUGGACCUGCUGGUGGCCGUGGAAACGGCGGGGGGAGGCUUCUACAAGGCGGCCUACCUGACGCAGAAGCUGAGCGCCUCCCGCAGGCAGCUGGAAGAAGUGCUCAGGGUGUCGGCCAUCUUGGAUAAGAACUGCUCCGGUCUGGAGUGCCGGGGGGCCCUGUGUGAGCAGAGCAUCGCGUUGGAUUCCCACGCCCUCGUCACCUACAGCACCCCCAGGGUCAGCUUUGUGUCGCCGCGCUUCCACCGGACCACCCGCUGCACAUGCACUGAUGGUAGCUGCCCCCCAGCCUCGGAGCUGUGUGAGGAGCAGCCGUGUCCAGGAGACAUGCAGUGUGUGGGUACAGAAGGGACCAGGGGGCCGUACGUCUGCCAGUGUCCCCCGGGGAAACUGGGAGAGUGUGCAGGCCACACGUCUCUGAGUUUCUCAGGGAACAGUUACAUAAAGUACAAGGUGUCUGAUGGAGGGAGGACGGGGGAGAUGAAGCUGGGCCUGAGAAUACGAACGCUGCAGAGCCGAGGAAUCAUCAUGUACACGCGCGCUGACCCCUGCACUAUUCUCAAGCUGGAAGAGGGCAAGCUGUGGUUCCAGAUGGACUGCGGGAACAGCCCCGGUACGCUGGGCAUCUCCGGGCGGCCCAUCAACGAUGGCAAUUGGCACACGGUGACGCUGGAGCUCAACCGCAACUUCACCAGCCUGUCUCUGGACGACAGCUACGUGGAGAGGAGGAGAGGGCCUCCGCGCUUCCAACCGCUGGGCACCGAAGGCUCCAUUUAUUUCGGAGCGCAGGUCCAGCCUGCUAACUCUCGCAGCCUGACGGAUAAGAAAGGCCCACAGGUGUUCGACGGUUUUCAGGGCUGCUUGGACUCGGUGAUGCUCAACAACAACGAAUUGCCACUGCAGAACAAGCGGAGCCGCUACGCCGAGGUGGUGGGCCUGACGGAGCUGAAGCUGGGCUGCGUUCUCUACCCCGACGCUUGCCUCAAGCAGCCCUGUCUCCACGGAGCCACCUGCACCGGACUGCCCUCUGGUGGUUUUGCAUGUAAUUGCAGUCCCCAGUACACUGGAGGGCGCUGUGAAACAGAGAUCACAGCGUGUGUUCCCAACCCCUGCCAUAACAGCGCUGUGUGCAAACCCAUCGGCAACGCUUUUUUGUGCAGCUGCAGGAGGGGCUUCAAAGGAAUCACGUGCGAGGAGGACGUCAACGAGUGCGAGCGGGGCGGUGGCGCGGAGGCGGAAUGUGAGAACGGCGGCGUGUGCGUCAAUACGCACGGCUCGUUCUACUGCAACUGCACGCCGGGCUUCGUGGGCCAGCGCUGCAGCCUGCGGCCAGUGGUGGUGCCGGACAUGCAGGCCGGACACGCCGUGGUGGGCAAAGAAGAACUCAUCGGUAUCGCCGUGGUGCUGUUCGUCAUCGUCACUCUCAUCGUCCUCUUCAUCGCCUUCCGCAAAAAGGUGUUCCAGAAGGACUACUCACGCAACAACCUGACUCUGGUCCAGGACCCCGCCACAGCGGCUCUGCUGAACAAGGCCAACGGCGUUCAGUUCAAGACCCUGCGCCGUACGCCCGGUGACCCUUUGAACCUCUACGCGGAGGCGGGGAUGGGCGCCACGAUGAUCGGUGUCGGCUCCGGGAUGAUCGGCCCGCCGCAGGUGCCGGUGAGGCCCAUGGCUUACACGCCCUGUUUCCAAGGCGACCCGCGGUCCACGCUGGAGAAGAUGGCGGACGGGAGGGGCGCGGAACACACGGAGAUGAGCACCUUCCACCCGGAGUCGCCCAGGAUACUGGGAGGCACCAUGCGGAGGGGGGUGGUGGUGUGCAGCGUGGCGCCCAACCUGCCGCCCGUUUCGCCCUGCCGCUCUGACUGCGACUCCAUUCGCAAGAGCCCAUGGGACAGCGAUGAGGGUAAAAUGGUGGACAUGGGUGAGGAGAUGACCUGUUUCUCUGGGAGCAACAAGGGCAGCAACUCUGAGGUCCACUCGCUGAGCUCCUUUCAGUCUGACUCCUGCGACGACAACGCCUCCAUAGUGACCGUCAUUCGACUGGUCAAUGAUGCAGUCGACACUAUCGAGAACGAAGUGUCAGUCAUGGACCAAGGUCAGAGCUACAACAGAGCAUAUCACUGGGACACGUCCGACUGGAUGCCCAACUCACGGCUGCCCGACAUCGAGGAGGUACCCAGCUACGAGGCCAGUGGCCUGGGGGUCCAUGGCGACAUGGUGGCCUCAGCGUCCCGACUAGGAGGCAGCUCUCGCCUGGGGGGCAGCACCCGGGAGCUGGAGUCGGACUACUACUUGGGAGGCUACGAUAUCGACAGUGACUUCCCGCCUCCCCACGAAGAGGAGUUCCUGACGCAGGACCAGCUUCCCCUUCCCCUCCCCACCCCCCUAGAGGAGUACCAGGAUCCCCCCUACGACACCCUCCCAGCCGGAAGCACCCACCCCCCCUCCAAGGAGAGCACCCUGAGUGGGAGUGAAAGCGCCGGACGCCACCGGUCGCCCCGCCCUCACUUCCACCCCAGCCAAUACCUGCCCCCGCACCAGCUACCCCUGGGGGAGGUGGGCCAAGCAGUGGAGGAGUUCAGCAUUUUUGCAGGAGGGACGAUCCCACCAGGAGGCAGUGAGGCACAGGAUAACACGUCGCUGAACAUGAGGCUGUCAGGGAACGCGUCGUCGGCCUCGGACGUGUCGGCUCCAUGCGGUUUUGACGAUUCCGAGGCCGGCGGCAGUGACUUUGACAGCAUGGAUGAGCUCCACCGGGGGGUAACAUACACCAUAGAGCUACAGCAGCAGACUGAGGUCUGAACUAGGCCUGUCGUAGGGACGAGGGUCACUGGGGUUCGGAGCUGCAGGCCGAUAGGCAGGCCAGGACAGAGACCGCUGGAGUAGAACGCUGUGUAGACGCUGUGCCUAGCUGUGCAAGUCCUCUGGGUGGAAUUGUGAUAGAUGGAUGUCCUUCCUCGAAGGAAAAAGCUUAUUGGUUUACGGACUAGUUUGUGGUUACAUCAUCAGAACAGUACCCGAUGGAACACUUCAAAUCACUUUCAUUGCAAACCUUAAACCAUUUCACCCAUUGCACGCUUUAUCCUUAAACUACUUUCCCAAGCCGCUGCCCUUAAGACACUAUCAAGCUGCAUGCAAAGGAAAGCUAUUUGUUUUGACACAUUUUUGCCCAUGGCAGGUUGUCAUUAUUUCCCUAAGCCUAGCCUGUCACGGACAGCGGAGUGUUGUACCCUUCCAUAGUCAGGAUCAGAUUGAGUAUGUAAAUGAACAGGUUGAGAAUGUGAAUAAUAAAGGUAAAGUUAAAAAUGGAAACUUUAAAAAGACAAGGGUAGAGGAAAUGGACGGGCAAAUGAAUAAAGAAUAGAUUGAGAAUGUUUGACAAUAAGAAAGAGAACAAUCAUGUCAUUGUCAGUACUGUGAUAUGGCCUUUUCUUUUGGCUAAUAACAGGUGUGAUCUUCACUUCCACGCAUCUCCCCUUCUCCAUCUCUCAAUACUCAAUACUGCUCACCUACAUAGGUCUGUGGACUUCCCCCAAACCAUGAUGCAGAUUCCUUUGGGGGGAUUGGGUGGGACUCCCCCCGCAGAUUAUUUUAUUUUUUUCAUCAUUUUUUUCUUAUACAAAUCUGCAAACUGUUUACUCAUGGACUGUACAGAAUUUGUUAAAUAAUAAAAUUACCAUUCUGAUGCAAUUGAAAUGGUAAAAUAUUUUUUUCUAUUAUCCACAUUCCAAGAAUGCCAUUUAUUUUAAGUGGAACAUUUUUAUUGUCCUUGGUCCCGACUUCCUCUCAUAAAACCAGCUAGCCUUCUGUCCCACAGGCUAUCCUGUCAAUGCUCUUCUUUUGGGCCAAGUACAUUUGCUUUAAUUGUCAGCUUUGAUAAUUUACAUUGAGUUCUUACAUUUCCCAGCACUGCAAACUAAAUGUUUUUUAUUUCUCUUCCUUGUUUAUUGUCCUUUCCAUGUUUUGCACUGAGCAUGUUUUGUAGUCUGUCCAUUAUUUCCCAAAGCUAUGUCUGCAAUAGUUCUGACUCCUGCUUGACUGGAGUUAAGAACUAGGGUCUGUGUACAAUUAAAAUGCAUUAUAAGAGAGUAAUGCAAAAAUAUAAACACAGCAUGGUAAAAUGUUUACGAUUUUACUUAGUUAAUAUGAGAAAAUCUGUCAAUUGAAUUUAUUAGGCUUUAAUCUAUGGAUUUGACAUGGUAUAAAUACACUUUUUGUAUGUACGGAACAUUUCUAGGAUUUAUUUUCAGCUCAUGAAACAUGGGACCAACACUUUGCAUGUUGUGUUUAUAUUUUUGUUCAGAAUAUACUAAUGUAACAUCUCACACAAAGUGCCAGGCAACAUUGAAUUAAGGGUCUGGUUAAAGGCUGUGUUCCAUUUUGGUUCUAUCCACACAGAAAAUAGAAUAAUCGGUGGUUACUAACAAUGGCUUUCUCUCACACACAUCUGUAUCAGUCCAGGACAGGCAGAGAAAAUAUAACAUAACAGAUCAGUGUUGUAUUGGGCUUGGAGUCAUUGUAUUGUAAUAUAUGCCUAAUAAAGUUGGGCAAGUUUUUUUGUAAAAGA